GUAUGCCAGACGCCAUCUAGGCUCUCGCGGUUCGCGUUCGGCAGCUUUUUAAUAUUUAGCCGUCUGCUGCGAGUUUGACGUUUGAGACAAACAAGAUGCCGCCGCGCGAAGCUACUCCGAUGAGCUGUCGCGGAGCUCUCGUUCGUCGUGAUCUCGGAGAAACCGAAGUGCCGGACUCGGUGUUGUGAAUUACGUUGAUCUGAUUUCUAGACAGUACGAGUUCCAUGAAGCUUUCACGCGUGACAAUGCACACGCUAUCGAAGCGGUGCAUCCAGUAUUAACGAGCUGGUGAUCAUAAUAUCCGCUACAGCUGGAGAUAAAUUUUUAUUCAGGAUCAUCAGUAUCUAUAUGUUGACAUUCCGCCUGGACGAUUACGGAAGAUCUCGCGGUGACUGCUCAUGUGUACAUGUUUAAUGCGCUCUCAUCGUCGUCGUCGUCGAGCAAUAUCUAUUUAUCUGCGGCUGCCUCGAGCUACAUGUAGGAAUUCAACGUGAGAUCUAGGAUUGGAGAAACAGCUGGAAUGAUUGAAACGAUGUGACGAGCCACACGGAUCGUUUGUACAAAAUCAACGUUUGGGGAUCGCGAUCGUUUCACGUGCACCCGUAUUGUCAAAGCGAGAUUGGAUAGUUAUUGUGCAUCCUAGAUACCGAAAAUGUCGGGCGGAGAGAGAAAGAAGAGGGGCUGCGACAGGGGACAAGGAUGGGAGGAGGCUGGUGCUGAAUUCUAUCAGGAGAGCUAUCCAGCGGCUAUAGAGGCGGAUCUCCAGCAGGCUUUGCAGAGGGAUCCUUCACACAUAGCGACGUUGCUGCCCAGCAAGAAAUCUCGUGUCGCCACGGCAAAACGUAUCCGAAAUGAUCCGAAGACGACGCUGAGGAGGCGCACGAGCACCAGAUCCCGUGGCACAACCACGUCACGGCGCAUGUCGACCACUAUACACGACACGGCGGUGUCUAUGCUACCAGACUUGUCGGAGAACCUGUCAAACGAGGAGCGCACUUGGGAGGAGAUCAUGCAGAUCAAGGCUAUGCCCGUGUGCAUGUCCCAGAAAAUACAGUUGAAGAAUCAAUUACAGAGCGCGACAAAAUUGAGACUUCAAGGCUUCGAGCAGCUGAAGUGGCAACGCAGGAAAGCCUGGCAGCAAUUCCGCAUCAGGAUGAAGGAAGCCUACUCCAAGAUGGAGCCAUGGAGCAACAGCCUUAAGAAGAUCGGCGGAAACUUCGGGAUGGGCAUAGUGGCGUACUUUUUGUUCAUCAAGUGGCUGGUGUAUCUGAAUCUAUUCCUGUUCGCGAUCAUAUUUUUGCUGAUAAUGCUGCCGGCGAUUUUACUGGAGACACCGAAUGACGAGACGUGCUCGUCUAACAACAACACCGCCAGCGUGGCCUGCUGCUCCGAACUGUACAGGAACAUGACAACCGGCAAGAGUAACAGCAUAACUGACAUCGUGCAAGGCGGUGGUAUCCUGGAAUACACCCUGCUGUUCUAUGGCUCGUACACGCACAGGAUCUAUGAGAGCGCAGACGCAGGUUUCUUCUACAACUCGCCGUUGUCCUACAUGUGCGCCAUCAUCAGCGUCUUCAUCGUCAGUCUGGUAGCGAUCGUGCGAUCCGCCGCGAAAGGUUUCAAGGAGAGGGUCGUGGAGGGCGAGGGCCAGUUUUAUCAAUACUGCAAUCUAAUAUUCGGCGGGUGGGAUUACUGCAUUCACAAUGAGAAGUCCGCAGGGGUGAAGCACAAGGCGCUGUACAACGAGAUGAAAGCAUUCUUGGAAGCGGAGCGGAUGGAGGAGGAGCGACAGAACCGCACGAGGGAGGAGAAGACAAAGCUGUUCUUCAUACGGCUGUUCGUCAAUCUCUUGGUCCUGACGGUGCUGGGCAGUUGCGGCGCGUUCAUUUAUCACAUAAUCGAGUUCUCGUUCGAGCAGCUGGGCGAGGCGUACGUCGCGCAAGACCACAAGAUAUCCGAGAUCACUCAUCUGUUCUUCGAAUUCUUGCCGUAUAUUUGCAUCGUCGGACUUAACUUGGCAGUACCGUUUCUGUUUCGCUACUUGGUCGCCCUAGAGAAGUACAGUCCGCCAUACGUUGUGCGAAUGACGCUGUUCAGAACCGUGUUUCUCCGACUGGCUUCCCUCGUCGUCCUCUUGACAUCCUUGUACAGGCUGGUCGCGGAUAAGAUCCCGGAGAACGAGUGCGCUAACAACGAAAAGAAGCAGCCGCUGUGCUGGGAGACGUUCAUUGGCCAGCAGUUCUUUAAAUUGUACACCACCGAUCUCUUCAUCCAGUUCUUCAUGACGUUCUUCGUCAACCUGCCGCGCUCGUUAAUCGCGCGGCACACCGAGAACAAGGUGCUGCGCUUCAUCGGCGAGCAGGAGUUCGAUCUGCCCAAGCACGUGCUGGACAUCGUCUACUCGCAGACGAUCUGCUGGCUCGGCUGCUUCUUCGUUCCGCUGCUGCCGAUUGUCGCGGUCGCUGGCACGCUUCUGCUGUUUUACGUAAAGAGAUUCACCUGUCUGGUGAACAGCACGCCGUCAAGCAAGAUUUACCGCGCGAGCAGAUCGAACUCCUUCUUCAUGUUCAUCCUGCUGGUCUCCUUCAUUCUGGCGAUGAUACCAGUCGGCUACUCCAUCGCCGAGAUCAUGCCUUCGAAGUCGUGCGGCCCGUUCCGCGGACUGGAAUCCGUGUGGACGUUGCUGAUCAUGACGUUCUCGCAGUUCCCCGAUUGGCUGCAGUCAAGCCUGUUUUUCCUGGGCACGGCUGGCUUCGGUAUACCAGCAUUCGUCGUUCUCGCUCUACUGCUCUACUACUACUACGCGGUAUCGAUAGCGAAUAAGCACAUGGUGACGGUACUGAAGAAUCAGCUGGUGUUGGAAGGCCACGACAAACAAUUUCUGCUGAAUCGGCUUAGCGCUUUCAUCAAGCAGCAGCAGGAUCAGAACAAGUUUCAUCAGGAGCAAACCAAUGAGUUGGGCACUUUUCAGCACGUAUAAAUAGCUUGAUUUGAUAUUGAAUUAUUGAAUGUACAAAUUUGAUAGAAUUACGGUAACACGGAUCAGUAAUGUAACGUCCGUUCUACCGGGAUCGAGCGUAUUAUUUGCCAAUCUGGCUCGAAAUUUUGUAGAUUUUAGUUACGAAACAUACGGUUGUGUCGAUUCUAUUUCUUCAGCAUUACGCACACGAGUGGCAUUUAUACAAUAGUUUUUUGAUAUUCUAUUGAAUUUGUGAAUGAAAACUACCCAGGCGAAGCUGGGUGGACAAUACCAAAGAUUUCAUAUUCUACUUAUAUGCUGCCUGUUGCCAUAAGUCUCGUACUUUAUACGAACCGACCUUUUGAGAUGAUUAUGAAUCUAUGUAUACAUAUAUCACAACCACUGCCAAAAGUGUUAGUUUUUCGCGAGUAUCUUAUAGAAAUGAGUUUCGAAUUCACACUUAAACGGUGACAUAUCUCACGUUCUAAGAAAUUCAAUCGUCUCAUGUACACAUCUGAAAUCAGGGUACAAAAAAAGAAAGAAAAUGUUACAGGUAUCACGCAGUAGUAGAGAAAGUCGUGAAUUAUUUAUCCAUUAUUUCUCGGUAUAAUUUCAAAGAUAUUUAUAAAUUUUAUAGAACGCCAUAUAUUGCCAAAAUCGCGAUAAUCUGAUCUAGAACGUAAUCCUCGUGAAAAUAAUAUAUUAUAAGCUAAUGUGAUCAUUAUAUAUGUUUAGCUUAGCAUAUGAAUAAUGGUAACGAAAUUCUAAUGGCUCCAUACGACAAGCAUUUACUUCCGAAACUCUACGCAACGAGUAAACGUUAGUGAGCUUCUGCAUGUGUGAGAUAAAGUGAUAUAAGUGCAGCGGACCUAUUUUUAGGGUAGCUUUUUAGAAAUCUAUAACAUUACUGUAAAUAGGUCCCUUAGAACAAGAAGUUAUUUUAUUAGCAAUAUCUAUCGUUAAGCAUUCAAGAAAGAGUACCACGAACAAAAGUAUUUUAUUAUAUUUAUUAUUCUGUUAUAUCGAGACUUAAUAAUUUAGGAAGUAAGGACGAACGUAAAAACUUACGUGAUUCGAUGCGCGAUAUUCAGGGUCUUUUCUUGAUUAGUUCUACAAAAGUGUGUAAUACCUCAGUAUUUUUAAUAAUAGCGCCGAAGGAAAUUCUAAGACUGCGAUAAUUUAAUUUAAUUCCGUUUUCCGUUUCUGUUGUAUUGUAAUAAUAAGGCGAAAUUAACGUAACAGUCGUAUUUUGUUUAAGGUGCGCUCAUCUCCUCUCAAUGCCAAUGAUCCUACGUAUCACGGAGACGAAAAACUUGUAGCAGACAUUGUGCACACUUUUAUAAUACAUGCUGUUGCAAAAAUUGAUUAUUUCUCUGGCCUAAACAGCUCAAUAUACAUUCUGUAUUCUGAAAAAGUGUAUUUUGUAAAAUUCUCACAUUUGCAUCAGCAUAAUUAAGAUAGCAUGUACGAAUGCUCACAGACGCUAAGCACUCCUACCAUAAUCUCUUAUUAAUUUAUAAUAAAUAUCGUAAGCUAUCAAUGGCACUAAAUGCAUUUAAUAUACAAUCGAAUGCGAGAUUGAAUAAAACAUGGUAAUCUUACAUAAAGGAACAGAUUUGUGUCUCUGGAAGAAUCUGCGCCACAUGAUAUAUUUGUAGCUCUAUACCGUUACAUUAAACGAGACAAUGAAGCCCAUACACACAGGUACUGUCUAAAUAAAACACUGUCUUUAUUUCUUGGAAUAUUACUGCUAACUAGAUCGUACCAACAUCACCACUAUGUCUCUUUACACAUCUUACAGUUAUAGAUUCUCACGCGCAGCAUAUAUUGUAUGCUCAUUAUUUGUGGCAUAAUCAUCGAAUUAUGAAGAAUGUAAAAAUAAAUCUGUUGUA